UUCUCUACCCUUCUCCUCUUCUCUUCUCCUCUCCUCCCCCAAAUAACCAAACCAAACCCUGUAUAGGCUCGUAUAGGCCAAGGCAGAAGCUUCCCAAACCCUCGCUCUGCCCGUCGAUCUCCGUCGCCUUCUGAUCCCCGCGCGCGCGGCUGCCUAUAUAUAAGUUGCGGUGAUCGGCGGGCGGCUGCACCGGCAUGGGGCUGGAGAUCAUGACGGACGAGGCUGCUGCUGCGCCUUCGCCCGCUGCGGCGGCGGCGCGUGUCGAGAUUUACCCGCUCUGCCGCUACUACUUCGGCGCCAGGGAUGUUGCCGCUGGUGGCGCGGGUGCGGGGUUGGAGACCGCCGCCGACCGCGCCCUCCGCCUCAAGGCCAACUUCGCGGCGCACGGGCUCCGGACCAGCGUCCAUGGCGUCCUGCUGGUUGAGCUCUUUGAUCAUCCGCACGUGCUGCUCCUGCAAGUCAGGAACUCCUCCUUCCUCCUCCCCGGUGGCCGCUUGAGACCAGGGGAACAAGAUGUCCAAGGGCUCAAGCGCAAACUUUCAACCAAGUUAUCGGUAGCUGGACAUCAGGAUGACGAAGACGGCGACGGGGACGACGAAUGGCAGAUUGGAGAGUGCAUUGGGAUGUGGUGGAGAUCUGAGUUUGAUGCUGCUCCAUUUCCAUAUCUACUUCCAAAUGCCCGUGCACCAAAGGAAUGCAUAAAACUGUUCUUGAUUAAACUGCCGGUGUCUCGCCAAUUUGUCGUGCCAAGGAACAUGAAGCUGCUAGCUGUGCCUCUAUCCCAGAUUCAUGACAAUGCUCAGGUAUAUGGCUCAAUCAUAGCUGGAAUUCCAAACUUGUUAUCGAAGUUCUCCAUGAACAUCAUCAGUGACUGAGAUGCAUGCCACAUGCCGUUAAGAGCUGUCACGGCUUUACAUGAGACUAGCAUAUUCGAUCUAGUAGUAGAACAUGUUGUGUAUAAACUGUACCUGGUAGAAAUAUAAACUUUGGAAUUCACGAGCUGGUGCUGUCCUGUAUGUUGUGCAAUCUUUUUUUUUUCUUUUACUGUAUAGAGGUAAUGUAUUGUAUUUGUAUAUGUUAUCAACACCAGGUGUGGUGUUAUUUUUGUAACCCUUCUGAUAUGGCUGUAGAAAUGAAACAGUUCUGUACAAGAUUUGUGAUUUUCA